AUGACAUAUUCCAGACUACUACCAUGCGAGCGGAACCCCGGAUUUGCUGUUAAAAAUAAAUAUGGCGGUCACAGCUACCUAGACAUAGCUCCCUGGCAUGCACCGGCUUCCUCUCGGACUGAGAAACGUAGGUAUAUGGGGACAAGACUGAUUUAAGUGCAGAGUGGUAUAGGUGCAGUCACCGUUCUUGGCGGUUACGUCAUCAACGUCAGCACAUCUGCUACUCUCUCCAGCAGUAGGCAUGAAGUGGGUAACAGGGGACCGCUGUUUUCAUUCUCUUCCUGGAAAUACUCUAAUAAAUUUAGCACGAGCUGUCGGCCUUCUCCAUUGGUCUUCAUCAGUUGUUACUAUGAUUAAUCCAAACCAGAUAAUACUGGUCGAAGUAGAUAAUGGCAAAAAAAGAAAAUGAUUGCAUACUCAUAUUGGUGAGAAACUGGUCAGCAGUCGAUAUAGUAACGCAAAAUUUGACUAAUGAUGAAUGCAUAUAGGAAUAUGGUGGAGCUGUUAUGAAUUUCAUUUUUAAAAGAAUCGCUAUCAUAUUAGCAUUUUCAUUGGUAGAAAAGUUAAAAAUGCAUGUUUUUCAAUAAAAUGUAUCUAUAUGUUUUUGUAAACAACUGAUAAGAAUUCCUAUCGAUAUUUUUGGAAUGCAAGCGCA